GGCCUGAGGGAGCGGGGGAGGCCGGGCCCGGCCGGCCAAGAUGGCGGAGGGGGUGCUGAGCCCCGGGGUGAACCUGGAGGCUUUCUCCCAGGCCAUCGCCGCCAUCCAGGCGCUGCGCUCCAGCGUAACGCGGGUCUUCGACUGCCUGAAGGAUGGGAUGCGCAACAAGGAGACCUUGGAAGGCCGCGAGAAGGGCUUCGUGGCCGCUUUCCAGGAGAGCCUGCACUCCGUCAGCCGCGACCUGGGUGAACUGGAGCGUCUGAGCAACCUGGUUGGUAAACCCUCUGAGAACCAUCCUCUGCACAACAGUGGACUCUUGAGCCUCGAUCCUGUUCAGGACAAAACACCUCUUUACAGCCAACUUCUUCAAGCCUACAAGUGGUCAAAUAAGUUGCAGUACCAUGCCGGGCUAGCAUCUGGCCUUUUGAAUCAGCAGUCCCUGAAACGUUCCGCCAACCAGAUGGGGGUUUCUGCGAAACGCCGGCCGAAAGCCCAGCCAACAACGCUCGUCUUACCGCCGCAAUACGUCGAUGAUGUGAUCAGUCGGAUUGAUAGGAUGUUCCCUGAAAUGUCUAUCCAGUUAUCCCGGCCCAAUGGAACCUCUGCAAUGCUUCUGGUUACCUUAGGAAAAGUGUUAAAAGUGAUAGUGGUGAUGCGGAGCCUCUUCAUUGACCGGACAAUAGUAAAAGGCUACAAUGAAAAUGUCUACACUGAAGAUGGCAAGCUUGACAUAUGGUCCAAAUCCAACUAUCAAGUUUUUCAGAAGGUGACGGAUCAUGCAACCACGGCACUGCUGCACUACCAGCUGCCUCAAAUGCCAGAUGUGGUGGUCAGAUCUUUCAUGACCUGGUUACGAAGUUACAUAAAGCUGUUCCAGGCUCCGUGCCAGCGCUGCGGGAAGUUCCUGCAGGACGGUUUGCCGCCCACCUGGAGGGAUUUCCGAACGCUCGAAGCUUUUCAUGACACUUGCAGGCAAUAGUCGCCGAGGCGCGAGGAGCCGACAGUCUGUUGGUUGGUGAACAAGCUGGUGGUUUAGGAGUUCUGGUUGGUAGUUCCAUUUCUGAACCUUUCAUCCUGUACUAAGUAGUGAGGUUGCGCUAAUGCGUUUUGACUAUUUAAAAGCCAUCGGUCUGCAAGGUACGUGUGAGAAGCCGUGUGUGAUCGCUUGAUGCUUCUGAGCUGAAAUUACAUAUCUGAGGAGACCCGACAGUAAUAAUCAUUAUUCUAAACCUUAAUGAAAAUAUCUGUGUACAGUUUGUGUUUUGUUGCAGAAUUUGCAAUGUUGAAGACUUUUAUAAGCCUGAAAUAAAUUUUGUAUUCCAGA